ACGAUCGUAAAUCAAGGAAAAUGAAUCAAUUUGCCUUUCGAUGUUCCUAAAAUCGAUUUUUAUAUAACUUUAAGAAUAAAUUGGCUGAAAAAUCGUACUUAAGAACAUGCAAGUAACCCAUUGGUAACCCUGCCCACAUGACACGAGCUAUCAAAUUUGAGGUUAUAAUAAGUUACAAUGUUACUCUCAACCCGUAAAACUCCAAAAAUACGCCUUUCCAAACUAAAACAAUUCCUCCGAAACAACCUACGAUGUUACAGCGACGACCUGAACCCCCCACACGUAGACGUCAACUUCACCAACGGCCGCUCUUUGAAAAUAUCCACAGGGCAAUAUGCCCGUCUUGCGGACGGCUGUGCCGUAGCCACAUUGGGCGACACCUCGGUCAUGGUAACCGCCGUUUCCAAAACCAAACCCUCCCCCAGCAAUUUUUUGCCCCUGGUGGUGGACUACCGCCAGAAAUCGGCAGCAGCAGGUCGCAUCCCUACCAAUUUUUUCCGACGCGAGUUGGGCCCCUCUGAGAAGGAGAUUCUCACCUCGCGACUAAUUGACCGCAGUUUGAGGCCGCUUUUCCCCGAACGUUUCGCCUACGAGACCCAGGUUGUGUGUAACAUGUUGGCUGUCGACGGGGUGAAUAACCCCGAUGUGGUGUCGAUUAAUGCGGCAAGCGCUGCGUUGGCACUCAGCGAUAUUCCGUGGAACGGCCCCGUGGGGGCUGUCAGACUCGGAAUGAUCGACAACGAAGUGAUAAUUAAUCCGACACGGAAGGAACUACAAUCGUCUAUUUUGAAUUUGGUUCUGUCAGCUACGCGUAAAAACCUAGUUGUGAUGCUUGAAGGCAACGCUAAUAACAUUUUGCAACAAGAUUUGCUCAAGGCAGUUAAACUGGGGACCAAAGAAGUGCAACAAAUUGUUGCCAGUAUCGAAAAAUUGCAAAAAUCGUACGGGAAAACGAAACGCAAUAUUGAGUACCCACUAGAAGCUAGUCACGAAGUUUACGAAGCUUUGCGUUCGCUGUCCGAAAUGAGGGUCAGGAAAAUAUUGACUGAUUAUUCACUUGAUAAAUUAGGCAGGGAUAAUGCGUUAACGGACGUUCGGAGUGAUGUAACAGAGAAGAUCAAAUCUAAUUUUUCCGAUCUGGACAUGAGUGUGUUUAGUGAAACGUAUAAUAAAAUUGUGAAGCAAAUUUUUCGUGAUUUGGUUUUUGAGGAGGGUAAGAGGUGUGAUGGACGUGAUUAUGACCAGUUGAGGAACAUUGAGUGUAAAGUUAAUUUGUAUAAACCGCUGCAUGGGAGUGCAAUGUUUCAAAGGGGGCAGACUCAGGUGUUUUGUACGGUUACUUUAGAUUCACAUGAUAGUGCAAUGAAGUUGGAUCCUAUGGCAAUGUUGAUAAGCGGUGUCAAGGAGAAGAAUUUUUUUCUCCACUACGAAUUUCCGCCGUUUGCGACAAAGGAAACGGGGAGAAUUGGUCCAAUAGGGCGGAGGGAAAUAGGGCAUGGGGCUUUAGCGGAAAAAGGCUUGACUCCCUCAAUCCCUGACGAUUUUCCAUUUACGAUUAGACUAACAUCGGAAGUUUUAGAAUCGAAUGGCUCAAGUUCUAUGGCCAGCGUCUGUGGGGGAACUUUGGCUUUAAUGGACGCAGGUGUACCAAUUGUUGCGCCCGCUGCAGGGGUGGCAAUUGGAUUAAUCACGCGAUAUGACGAUGAGAAAGCAAAUAUCACGGAUUAUCGCCUGUUGACUGAUUUAUUGGGAAUAGAAGAUUAUAUGGGCGAUAUGGACUUCAAAAUCGCUGGUACGAAAAAAGGGAUAACAGCCCUGCAAGCCGACAUAAAAAUCCCGGGACUUCCCCUAAAAAUCGUAAUGGAGUCAAUACAGAAAGCAACCGAAGCUAAACAAAAAAUUCUCCAAAUCAUGCACGAAUGCAUCGAUAAACCCCGAACUGUGAAAAAAGACAAUUGGCCAGUGAGCGAAAAGUUGAAAGUUGAGGCCCACAAAAGGGCGAAACUUGUUGGUGUAGGUGGCAUUAACUUAAAAAAACUUUUGGCUGAAACAGGUGUCCAGGUGAGUGCAAUCGAUGACACGACUUUUGAAAUUUUCGCGCCGAAUCAAAGCGCCAUGGACGAGGCUCAGGAGUAUAUUAAUAAACUCCUGACUGCGGAAAAAGUGCCAGAUUUGGAGUUUGGGGGGAUUUACACUGCCACGAUCGUGGAAUUGAGGGAUAUAGGAGUUAUGGUUACGUUGUAUCCGGGGAUGCCCCCAGCAUUGCUUCACAAUUCGCAGCUGGAUCAGCGAAAGGUUGCGCAUCCGUCGGCGCUCGAUUUGGAAGUGGGGCAGGAAAUACAAGUGAAGUAUUUUGGAAGGGAUCCGGUUUCGGGAUUGAUGAGGCUUUCGAGGAAGGUUUUACAAGCGCCGCCAAAGUGAAUUAAUUGUAUUUUUUAAUGAAUUUAAUAAAAAACACGAUAAAUUACAAA